GCCGCGGAGUGAGCGAGGGAGACGGGAGGAGCCGAGCCCGGCGCCAUCCGCCGCCAUCCGUCCCCGCCCCACCGCCAUCCGCCCCGGGGAGCCUCUGAACCCCGGUCCCGGACCUCCGCGCACCCGGCCAGGCUCCGGCACGUUUUGGGGGAGGUGCCUGCAGGACCCAACGUACUCAAUGAGCUUCCAGCGCAAUGUCCGAUCGCUCGGGGCCGACUGCCAAGGGGAAGGAUGGAAAGAAGUAUUCUUCGCUCAACCUGUUUGAUACAUAUAAGGGCAAGUCCUUAGAGAUCCAGAAACCCGCCGUUGCCCCUCGACAUGGCCUUCAGAGUCUCGGAAAAGUUGCUAUUGCCCGGCGUAUGCCACCCCCAGCCAACCUUCCAAGCCUGAAAGCCGAAAACAAAGGCAAUGACCCCAAUGUCUCACUAGUGCCGAAAGACGGAACAGGAUGGGCAAGCAAACAGGAGCAGUCCGACCUCAAGAGUUCCGAUGCCUCAACCGCUCAGCUGCCGGAAUCGCAGCCACUGCUGGCUUCACAGACGCCUGCCUCCAACCAGCCGAAACGACCCCCAACAGCCCCCGAGAACACUCCUUCGGUUCCAAGCGGGGUAAAGUCCUGGGCACAAGCCAGCGUCACUCAUGGAGCACACGGAGAUGGUGGAAGGGCAUCAAGCCUACUGUCGCGAUUCUCUCGAGAGGAAUUUCCGACCCUGCAGGCGGCUGGCGACCAGGACAAGGCUGCCAAGGAAAGGGAGUCUGCCGAACAGUCGUCUGGGCCCGGACCAAGCCUCCGCCCCCAAAAUUCUACAACUUGGAGGGACGGUGGUGGGCGUGGCCCUGAUGACCUGGAGGGCCCGGACUCCAAGCUUCAUCAUGGCCAUGAUCCCCGGGGGGGCCUGCAGCCUUCAGGCCCACCCCAGUUCCCUCCCUACCGCGGAAUGAUGCCGCCCUUUAUGUAUCCCCCAUAUCUCCCAUUCCCUCCGCCCUAUGGACCCCAGGGGCCUUACCGAUACCCGACUCCUGAUGGGCCUAGCCGUUUUCCUCGUGUGGCAGGCCCCCGGGGCUCAGGGCCACCAAUGCGCCUUGUGGAGCCUGUAGGUCGGCCUUCUAUUCUUAAAGAGGAUAAUCUCAAAGAGUUUGACCAGUUGGACCAGGAGAAUGAUGAUGGCUGGGCAGGGGCCCAUGAGGAGGUUGACUAUACUGAAAAGCUCAAGUUCAGCGAUGAGGAAGAUGGGCGUGAUUCUGACGAGGAGGGAGCUGAGGGCCACAAGGAUUCCCAGUCAGCUGCUAGUGAGGACCGGCCCCCUGAAGCAGAUAGCAAAAAGGGCACCUCCCCUGGCAGCGAACCGCCCCCUCCCAAGACUGCUUGGGCAGAGACCUCUCGUCCUCCUCCAGAGACCGAGCCAGGGCCUCCUGCCCCAAAGCCUCCCCCACCACCACUUCAUCGUGGCCCUGCCGGGAACUGGGGCCCCCCUGGGGACUACCCAGAUCGUGGGGGUCCUCCCUGCAAACCUCCAGCACCCGAAGACGAGGAUGAGGCAUGGCGACAGCGGCGGAAGCAGUCUUCAUCUGAAAUCUCCCUGGCAGUGGAGCGGGCCCGGCGCAGGCGAGAAGAGGAAGAGCGGCGAAUGCAGGAGGAGCGCCGGGCGGCCUGUGCAGAGAAGCUUAAACGGCUUGAUGAAAAGUUUGGGGCACCUGACAAGCGCCUCAAAGCUGAGCCUGCUGUUCAACCUGCUGCCCCUCCUGCCCCAGCUCCACCACCUGUUGUACCCAAAGAACUCCCUGCUCCUCCAGCUUCGCUGCCAACACCAGAGACAGAGGCUGAAGAACCAGCACAGGCCCCUCCUGCUCAGUCCACCCCCAGUGCAAGUGUGGUUUCAGCUCCCACUCUGGUGAGUGGUGGUGGCACUGCCAGUAGCACCAGCAGUGGCAGCUUCGAAGCCAGCCCAGUGGAAACGCAACUGCCUUCCAAAGAGUGUCCUGAACCACCAGAAGAGGUUCCUCCACCUGCCACACCCCCAGCCCCAAAGGUGGAAUCCAAGGGUGAUGGGGUUGGUCCUACUCGCCAGCCCCCCAGCCAGGGUUUGGGCUACCCCAAAUAUCAAAAGUCAUUGCCGCCUCGUUUCCAGCGGCAGCAGCAGGAGCAGCUCCUAAAGCAGCAGCAGUGGCAGCAGCAGCAACAAGGCUCUGCUCCUCCUGCCCCGGUGCCCCCUUCACCACCCCAUCCUGUGCCUCUGGGGGCUGUUCCGGCUCCACAGGCACCACCCCCACCCCCUAAGGCCCUGUACCCAGGAGCUCUGGGCCGCCCUCCACCAAUGCCACCGAUGAACUUUGAUCCCCGAUGGAUGAUGAUUCCUCCUUAUGUGGACCCUCGGCUCCUCCAGGGCCGGCCUCCUCUGGACUUCUACCCUCCUGGUGUGCAUCCCUCUGGCCUGGUUCCCCGGGAACGCUCAGACAGUGGGGGCUCAAGCUCAGAGCCGUUUGAACGCCAUGCACCCCCUCUCUUACGGGAUCGGGGCACCCCCCCAGUGGAUCCGAAGUUGACCUGGGUAGGAGAUGUCUUUACCACCACGCCCCCUGACCCUCGCCCUCUUACCUCGCCACUGCGCCAGGCAGCAGAUGAGGACGAUAAGAGUGUGAGGAGUGAGACUCCUCCAGUACCUCCCCCCCCACCCUAUCUGGCCAGCUAUCCAGGUUUUCCUGAGAAUGGAACCCCUGGACCCCCAAUCUCUCGCUUCUCUUUGGAGGAGCCUGCUCCCUCGGGGGCCCAUCCACUUCCCUGGCCCCCAGGUGAUGACGAGGUUGCCAAGUUACAAACUCCACCACCCAAGAAAGAACCACCCAAGGAGGAAACUCCACAGCUCACAGGGCCAGAAACAGGUCGCAAGCCUACUCGUGGAGUUGGAAGCCAGGCCCCCCCACCACGCAGAGAGAGCCGCACUGAGACUCGCUGGGGACCUCGGCCAGGCAGCAGUCGUCGGGGAAUCCCUACAGAGGAACCUGGGGCCCCUCCUCGCAGAGCUGGGCCUAUAAAGAAACCACCACCAACAAAAGUUGAGGAGCUGCCUCCUAAGCCCUUGGAACAGGGGGAUGAAGCUUCCAAGGUCCCAAAGCCAGACCCACUCAAGACAGCCAAGGGGAAGGUGGCCCCCAAGGAGACCCCAUCUAGUGGGACUCUUUCCCCUGCACCCAGGCUUCGGAGGGACUAUUCCUAUGAUAGAGUGGGUCCUACCUCUUGCCGGGGUCGUGGUCGGGGAGAGUAUUUUGCCAGAGGGAGAGGUUUUAGAGGGACCUAUGGAGGCCGAGGUCGAGGAGCCCGAAGCCGGGAGUUCCGCAGUUACCGGGAGUUCCGAGGAGAUGAUGGACGGGCAGGUGUGGCCCGGGGACCGAAUCACCCCCCUGCACCCCGCGGCCGCACUGCCAGUGAGACACGAAGUGAGGGCUCCGAGUACGAAGAAAUCCCCAAGCGGCGUCGGCAGCGAGGCUCAGAAACAGGCAGUGAGACCCAUGAGAGUGAUCUGGCUCCCUCAGACAAGGAAGCCCCCCCACCCAAAGAAGUAGUUCUCACCCAGGUCCCACUUCCUCCCCCACCACCAGGAGCUCCACCAUCACCAGCCCCAGCCCGGUUUUCCACUGGCCGUGGUGGGCGUGUCUUCACUCCAAGAGGGGUUCCCUCACGAAGGGGUAGGGGUGGUGGGCGGCCCCCUCCUGUUUGCCCUGGCUGGAGCCCUCCAACCAAGUCCUUGGUUCCAAAGAAACCUCCAACAGGUCCUUUGCCCCCAAGUAAGGAGUCUUUGAAAGAGAAGUUAAUCCCAGGGCCCCUGUCUCCUAUGGCCCGGGGUGGCAGCAGUGGAGGUGCCAACAUGGGCAUAGGGGUGGAAGAUGGGGAGCGACCCCGACGGAGGCGCCAUAGCAGGGCUCAGCAACAGGACAAGCCACCUCGAUUCCGGAGGCUGAAGCAGGAGCGCGAGAAUGCUGCUAGAGGGACCGAGUGCAAGCCGCCUUCUCUAACCCUGCCAGCCUCCACCCCUGGCCCAGAAGAGGCCGUGGCAACAGUUGCAGUGCCCCCACCACCUCGUCGGACAGCUGCUAAAUCUCCUGAUUUGUCAAACCAGAACUCAGACCAAGCCAAUGAGGAGUGGGAGACUGCAUCAGAGAGCAGUGACUUUGCUAGUGAGCGCCGGGGAGACAAAGAGGCUUCCCCAGCUGCCCUAACAACCCCUAAAGCCAUGGGGACUCCUGGGGCCAGUGCAAGUGGAUCUGGACCAGGCAUUUCAACCAUAUCCCGUGGAGACCUGAGCCAGAGAGCCAAGGAUUUGAGUAAGAGGAGCUUUUCAAGUCAGCGGCCAGGCAUGGAUCGACAGAACAGGCGUCCAGGCCCUGGGGGCAAGGCAGGUGGUGGUGGUGGCGGCGGCGGCGGCAGCAGCGGUGGGGGGACUCCUGGUGGAAGGACCGGCCCGGGCCGAGGGGACAAGAGGAGCUGGCCCUCUCCCAAGAACAGAAGCCGUCCUCCAGAGGAGCGUCCCCCCGGGCUUCCCCUGCCUCCCCCGCCCCCCAGCAGUUCUGCUGUCUUCCGCCUGGACCAAGUUAUCCACAGCAACCCUGCUGGCAUCCAACAGGCUCUGGCCCAGCUUAGCAGCCGCCAAGGAAAUGUAACUGCACCAGGGGGGCACCCAAGGUCUAAGCCUGGGCCUCCCCAAGGCCCUCAGGGCUCCUCCCCUCGGCCCCCAACCCGAUAUGACCCCCAGAGAGCCAGCAGCAGCAUCAAUACUGACCCCCACUUUGAGGAGCCAGGGCCAGUGGUGAGAGGGGUAGGGGAGACUCCCCGUGACUCUGCUGGAGUUAAUCCCUUUCCUAGCAAACGGCGCGAGAGGCCUCCCAGAAAACCGGAGCUGCUACAGGAGGAACCUCUGCAAGCUUCACAUAGUCCUGGAUUCUUGGGCUCUAAGCCUGAGGUCCCAGGCCCUCAGGGAGAAUCCAGAGAUGCAGGCCCAGAAACCCUGACUCCCCACAUCUGGAACCGUUUACAUACUGCCACAAGCCGAAAGAGUUACCGGCCCAGUUCCAUGGAGCCCUGGAUGGAGCCCCUAAGUCCCUUUGAGGAUGUGGCAGGCACCGAGAUGAGUCAGUCUGACAGUGGGGUGGACCUGAGUGGGGAUUCUCAGGUGUCAUCAGGUCCCUGCAGCCAGCGAAGUUCCCCUGAUGGAGGACUCAAGGGGGCAGCAGAGGGACCGUCCAAGCGGCCUGGAGGCCCCUCACCCCUGAAUGCUGUUCCUGGUGAGGGUCCACCUGGCUCUGAACCCUCUGAACCUCCUAGGAGACGGCCAUCUGCCCCCAGUGAUGGGGACAGAAAGGAACUGCCCCGGGAGCAGCCUCUGCCCCCUGGCCCCAUAGGCACAGAACGAUUGCAACGUACAGACCGAGGCCCAGAGUCAGGCCCCCUCCGGCCAUCCCAUCGACCUGGCCCCCAAGUCGAGUUUGGCACUAGCAACAAGGACUCAGACUUGCGCCUAGUGGUAGGAGACAGUUUUAAAGGAGAGAAGGAGCUAACAGCAUCAGUUACUGAGGCCAUUCCUAUAUCCCGAGACUGGGAGCUGAUCCCCAGUGCUUCUGCCUCAGCUGAGCCACAAUCCAAGAGUCUGGGUUCUGGGCACUAUGGCUUGGAACCCAGCUCCUCAAGUCAGCGCCCGUACCCUGAGGUCUUCUAUGGCAGUCCUGGGCCUCCUACUUCCCAGCAGAUCUCUGGGGGUACCAUUGACUCUCAUUUACACCCCAAUAAUGGAGGCUUCCGCCCUGGAACCCCCUCAGUACAUCCAUACAGGUCACAGCCCCUGUACCUACCCCCAGGCCCAGCUCCUCCCUCAGCACUGCUCUCUGGUGUAGCACUCAAGGGCCAGUUUCUGGAUUUCUCAGCACUGCAAGCCACAGAGCUGGGGAAGCUGCCUGCUGGAGGAGUUCUGUACCCUCCACCUUCCUUCCUCUACUCUGCAGCUUUCUGCCCCAGCCCUUUGCCUGACCCACCCUUGCUUCAGGUACGCCAGGAUCUGCCAUCUCCUUCAGACUUUUACUCUACUUCUCUGCAGCCGGGUGGCCAAAGUGGCUUCCUUCCUUCGGGAGCCCCUGCCCAGCAGGUGCUUCUCCCUGUGGUAGACUCACAGCUGUCAGUGGUGAACUUUGGCUCCCUGCCACCGGCGCCACCCCCUGCCCCACCCCCCCUUUCUCUGUUACCUGUGGGCCCUGCUCUGCAGCCCCCUGGCCUGGCUGUGAGGCCCCCACCUGCUCCUGCUGCUCGGGUGCUGCCUUCACCUGCCAGGCCCUUCCCCCCUAGCUUGGGGCGGGCAGAGCUUCACCCAGUGGAACUAAAACCGUUCCAGGAUUACCGGAAGCUGAGCAACAACCUGGGGGUACCUGGGUCAUCAAGGGCUCCCUCAGCUGGAAGGACUUUCUCUGGUCUGAAUUCCCGUCUCAAGGCUCCACCUUCCGCCUACAGUGGAGUAUUCCGCACCCAGCGCAUCGACCUCUACCAGCAGGCCACCCCACCAGAUGCCCUGCGUUGGAUGCCGAAGCCUUGGGAGAGGACAGGGGCACCUUCUCGAGAAGGGCCUUCCCGAAGGACAGAGGAGCCUGGGUCCCGAGGGGACAAAGAGCCUGGAUUACCCCCACCCCACUGAGGGAGUUUCCCUUGACCUCUCCCCAACCCCAGGGCUUGUAUAUAGAUUAUAAAUAUAUAAGGGGGAAAAGGAGUGAGUGUAGAGGGGUGUGGGUCUGGAGCCUCACUUCCCCUCCUCUCUUCCCUUAGUCCCCUAUCCCUGGGGGUGUUUGUUAAAAAAGAAUAAUAAAAGGAUUAAAAAAUGGCAA